AUGUCUGAUACCUUUGUUGAUGACAAUGCGAUUGCGAUGAUCAACCGGAGCCUCCUUUUGGCCUACAAAGCAGAGGAGGAAUUUUGGAAACAAAGAAGCAGGCAACUCUGGCUCUCCCUUGGUGAUUUGAAUACGGGGUAUUUUCAUGCUUCCACGAAGAACAGACGAGCAAGGAACAGACUCUCCAUGAUUGAAGACGACAAUGGUACUCUGGUGGUGGAUGAUGAGAAGAUCGCCGGAACUAUCUCCAACUAUUUUCAGAAAAUCUUCACAUCCACACAACCCCGGAUCACUGAUACGGUGAGAAGAGCACUCAACCCAUGCAUUUCAGCUGAGACUAAUAGGAGACUCACCAGGUUACCCUCUGAUCUCGAGAUUAGAGAGGCCAUGUUUGCCAUCCAUCCGGAUAAAGCCCCUGGCCCUGAUGGGUUCUCCGCUAGUUUUUUCCAGACAAAUUGGCCCACAGUGGGUCCUGCGAUUUGCUGCGAAAUCAGAGCCUUCUUCGCCACGGGAUCUCUACCUAACAAAAUCAAUAACACAAACAUCAGACUCAUUCCGAAGAUUUCCAACCCACUGAGAGUAUCUGAUUACAGACCUAUUGCGCUUUGUAAUGUCUACUACAAGGCUAUCUCUAAACUACUAUCUAUUCGAUUGAAGCCUAUCCUACAAGACAUUAUUUCAGAGAAUCAGUCUGCGUUUGUACCUGGUAGGGCGAUCUCCGAUAACGUGCUCAUUACACACGAAGUUCUUCAUUACCUCAAGCACUCGGAAGCGGAGAAACACUGCGCCAUGGCCGUCAAGACCGACAUCAGCAAAGCGUAUGAUCGUCUGGAGUGGUCCUUUAUUGGACAGGUUCUCGAGAGGCUGGGGUUUGAUAGCACCUGGAUAAAUUGGAUUCUUCAAUGCAUCACCACCGUCUCGUACUCUUUUUUAAUAGACAAUGAGGUGGUGGGGGAGGUCAAGCCACAGCGGGGAAUCAGACAGGGAGACCCCCUGUCUCCCUACAUCUUCAUCUUGUGUGGAGAAGUACUCUCAGGACUCUGCAAAAAAGCACAACAAGAUGGACUGUUAACAGGGGUGCGAGUCUCAAACAAUAGCCCAAGCAUAAAUCAUCUGCUUUUUGCAGAUGAUACUAUGUUCUUCACAGGAACAAAUCUACAGUGCUGCACGACUCUCCUAAAGAUCCUGCGUGUUUAUGAGGAAGCUUCUGGCCAAAAAAUAAAUUCCGAAAAAUCCUCUAUCUCUUUCUCUGCACGAACUCCCCAACUAGUUCGCGCUAGAGUCAAAUUGCAGCUAGGAAUAAACAAAGAGGGGGGAGUAGGGAAGUAUUUAGGUUUACCUGAACAUUUUGGGAGGAAGAAGAAGGAUCUCUUUGCCUCCAUUGUAGACCGGAUGAAGCAGAAAGCGAUGAGUUGGUCGACAAGGUUCCUAUCUACAGCGGGCAAGAUGACAAUGCUUCAGUCUGUCCUCUCUCCCAUCCCGUCCUUUGCAAUGUCAUGCUUCCAGCUACCUGCAGGUUUUUGUAGCCAAAUCCAAUCAGUUUUGACCCGAUUCUGGUGGGACAACAACAAAGGAGACAGGAAAAUUUGCUGGCUUGCUUGGGACAAGCUCACAAAACCUAAAAGUCAGGGAGGCCUAGGGUUCAGGGAUGUUAGACUGUUCAACCAGGCCUUACUAGGGAAGAUAGCGUGGAGAAUUUUGAAAAAACCUGACUGCCUCUUAUCUAGAGUUCUCCUUGGCAAAUAUUGCCAUCAUCAAUCCUUUCUAUCUACUCAAGCUAGCAAGAGCUCCUCUCAUGGAUGGAAAGGAAUUGUCUGGGGAAGGGACCUACUGAUUUCACAUCUUGGUAAGGCCAUUGGUAAUGGUACCUCAACCAGAGUUUGGACAGAUUCUUGGAUAGACCCUAAGAAUAAUCUACGACCAUUCGGGCCUUCUACAGAACAUGAUCAGGAUCUCCUAGUUGCUGAUCUCCUCUCUACUGAAACAAGGGAAUGGAACGUGGCCCGUAUUAAGGAUACUCUACCGGAAUUGUCUCACCUCAUCCUCAAGAUAAAACCAAGCACUUUAGGUGGUGAAGACGCUCUUAUCUGGCCUCUGAAUAAUACGGGAGAGUACACCACCAAGUCUGGUUACUUUGCAGCAACCCAGUCUCUGCAUAGCCCUCCAUCUCCGUUUGAUCACGAUGAUACCUUAAACUGGAGGAAACUGGUCUGGACCCCUCGUCUCUCGCCCAAACUUAAGCUCUUUUUGUGGAAGAUCAUUCAUAAUGCACUACCAACGGGCGAAAACCUCCAAAGGAGAGGUCUACUGGCUAACACACAUUGUGCCAGAUGCGGUGAGAUAGAGACCACUUUGCACUUGUUUUUCAAUUGUGAAUUCGCACAGGAAGUUUGGGACCUAGUUCCUUGGGACGGAGGUUUCGACCCAACACAACCGUUAUCUUUCGUCGAAGCUCUUAUCCUCUCCACCACCAAACGCAAUCUCCCUCCAACGGGGAUCACAAUCAACCUGCUCCCUUGGAUCUGCUGGUUCCUGUGGAUCAGCCGGAACCAGCUCACUUUUGAGAAUCGACGAUCGUCCCCUGCAGCUCUGAUAACAAAAGGUCUCAAGGCAGCGCAAGAAUGGGAACUCGCGCAAUCCCCGACGGCUCCCACGCUCUCCAAAUCGCAUCCUCCGCCACAGUCGAUGGAUCUCUCUGACACGACAAUCCUCUGCAAUACGGAUGGUGCCUGGAAAGCUGACUCUGUGGUUGCAGGAUCAGAAUGGGUCUUCAGAGAUAAACACCAAGAGGUAGGGAGAGGAGGAAGAUCUCACCAUCACGUUGCAUCACCACUUCUUGCAGAAGCUCUAGCCAUUAGAGAUGCUCUACUUCACGCCUUCUCACUCGGCUUCACCUCGAUCUGGCUCCGUUCAGAUGCUCAAGCGCUCGUCACGGCGAUCACCACGAAGCGAAGACCGACAGAACUCUACGGAGUGUUGUCGGACAUCGAUUCGAUCUCUUCCUUGUUUUCAGUCUGUCGCUUUUCAUUUUGCCCUCGGGCCUCUAAUGGGCUAGCGGACACAUUAGCAAAAGCCCACCUUUGUAUUGCCCCCUUGGACCAACUCGUUUAG